CCCACCCUCCGCACCUGCCGCGGGGUCCAAAAAAGAUCCUGCAAAUAUGAGCCACUCUCACCCCUCUGGAUUACUUGCAGCAUACAAUAGUCUUACUGACAAACACCUGGCUGGAUAUUUUAACAAUACGAGGAUAAGGCGGCAUCUUUUAAGAUCAGGGCUGAUCACAAGAAGUGGAAGAAUACUUUCGGAAAAAGAAUACAAACUAAAUAUCAUGAAGAGGGAUCACCAAAAAUAUAUCCGGGAGUGUUUAGCCCAGGCUAUUUUCCAUAAGGUUCUUGAUCUAGAGCGUUACCAUCAGCUUGAAAUUAAAAAGAAACUGGAGACCUUAGCUAGAAAGGAGCGAAUUCAGAGAUUUAAGGGAGAGCCCAUAAGAUGGUCUAUAGAAAAAAACAUGCCGGUGCUGUCUCCCCACCCCCCAGCGGGCCCAAAGACUAACCGUGGCCAUAGUGUUGUGGUUGAGGAAGGACAUUCCAGUCCAGUAACACUGACAGCCCCUCGACCAUACACUGCCCCAGGAAUUAUGCAGCCUCCAGUUCGAUUACAGCCUCUUCCCAGUAAUCGUGCAGUCGGAGCUGUACCAAAGGUCACUUCAGGGUCCAGAUCAAAAACUUCACCGCUGGAAAAUGAAGCUCCAUUUCCCAUUGGGGGCAAGAAGGCAGUGAUGAAGUUCAGGAACUCCAUGGACAAUUCCCAAGGAAUGAAUCGAUAUCAACUUCUGAACAUUAACAGUUACAUGAUGCCUAUUCCUCCUCCAUCUCCUCCCCCGAAUGGAAAAAUCACAAGGGAAAAUAGAUGUGAAACAUGGAGAAAGAGAAGAUUUUGUCCAACUACUGCUCCAAAUAGCUUAGAACCAGUCUUUACCAGGGAUUCAAGAAGGAUUAACAAAACACCACUGCAUAGUAAUGCAGUUAUUACAAUGAUCUAUUUGGGGAAAAAUGUGCACCUAUCUUAUGGUCACCCAGACUUCCGGGAUGAAAUAAAAGUUUAUCAACAGCACUGCGGUGGAGAAAACCUGUGCGUCUACAAAGGCAAACUGCUUGAGAAAGAGACCUUUCAGUUUAUUUCCAAAAGGCACCAUGGUUUCCCCUUCAGUCUCACCUUUUUCCUGAAUGGGAUACAAGUGAACAGGUUAAGCUCCUGCUGUGAAUAUAAGCAUCGAAAAGGUUCCAGACUUGGAGGCAAACGAGGCUACUUUGGGUUUGUGUGUGUGGAGAGAUCAUCUCCUUGCUACAAGUGCAUUAUUGCAAUGGGCCUUGACAAAAAACCAAUUUCACCAAAACCUAAGAAACAAGUAAGUGUUGAGAAAAGAGAGGAACUGAAGAAGGGCGAGGGGAAACUGAGGAAGAACAGAGCAUACCUGAUGACAAGAAGAAAGGAGAUGGAGGGGAGCAAAAGCUCUGCUUCAGUCUUUUUUUCAGCUGAAGAAGAAAAAACAGGGGUUGAAGAAGUGCGAACUGCCAUUGAGGAAAUGGAACAUAAAGGAAAACAUGUUUGGGAAGAUGACCAGGAGAACAUAUACAAAUAUGAGUAUGAAGAAGAUUUUGAAGUAGAGGAGGAGAAACAAGAUGAGAAAGCUAAUAAAGAAGAACAGGCUGAUGAUCAAGUGAAUAGAAUGUCAAAGUCACCCCCAGAUGAUGAAAAAGAUAAUUUAGACCCUGAAAAGAAGAGUGAAACUGCGUCGUGGAAGACACCAGAUGCUGAGGACAAUGUAAAAGAUGAGGGUGAUGAAUGCUCUGAUAGUGAAUUGGAAGAGGAUAAACAAGAUCUAAAGACUGCUUCAUCAUCCUCAUCCAGAAGUCACCCGUAUUCUAGCUGCAGUGAAGACGAAUCUGCACUGGGGGCCCGGGAGACACAGGCUGACAACAGCCCAAACUUAAGCAUCAGAAGCUCAUCUACUCAGGAUUUGAGUGAAACCGAUGAGCCAGGAAAAUCACAGUUUCCAACUGAGGAUUCCUUAAAAAUUGAAGACCAAAAGAUAAUAAAAGCAAAUGUGGAGACCAAGCCUCUGUUAACAGAGGAAAGCUUGGAGGAUGUUCUUGAGGAAGAAACAAAGGAAGGAACCCAAGUGAUUGCAGAGGGCUUAGCUGAGAAGUCCAGGGAAUAUGGUUCCAAGGAAGAAAAUUAUAGGCAUGAACUUUGGAAAGGAAGCACUGCUAAGGUGAAGGACAAAAAGGCAGGUCCUUGUAGGGUGGAGAAAGGUGUUGGACAGGUAGUAGCUGAAGCUGUGGGACCUGGCUGCCACAGCCGCUGUGAUGCCGAGUCUGGGGCUAGCAGCGCAGCUGAGGGGGACAAGCCCGGGACCGAGCUGGAGACCGACACAGGUACAGCACCAAAUAGGAAUUUAGUGGUGGAAGAAAGCACAGCCCUCAACUCAAACAAGGAAUCCAAGCCAAAGGAGGAAGAAGCAAUGGAAGAAGAUGAGGUGCCUCAACUCAGGGAUGCUGAUUCAAUAGAAGAAAAAGGGGGUGCAACACAGUGGGGAAAAGCAGGAGUUGAUGAGGUUCCCUUGGGGGAGUGGAAGCCAACAGAAGAGCAGCCAGCUUUAGCAGAAGUAUUUAUAGAGGAAAGAGAUAUCCCUCAGGGCGUAGCAGGUGGGGCAGAGGUAGAACAGGAUAAAGAGCUGCAUAAAGAGGAGUUAAAGCCAAUGGGAAGAAAAGCAGCAAGGGCCUCUGAAGGUCUGAAUAGAGAAGAGGCUCCGGAAAAGCAGGCCUUGACUUGGAUAGUGCUGGAGACAGAGAAGGCAGAUUCUAAACAGGAACAAGAUUCGGAGAAGGCAGUGUUUGCAAGCAAGGCUACAGCUCCAGAGUCUGAGUGUAUUCAGGAGGCAGCAGCCCUGAGGGAGACUGUGAUGCCAGGGAAGAAAGAGGUUGAGAGAGGGGUGGCUGUGAGUGAGGUGGGGUCUGAAAUGUCAAAUGUGGAAGAGAGUGAAGAGGAAGCAUCUAUAGACCUAGGGGACAUGGGACCUGAGGAAGACACUGUGUUGGAGAGAGAGGUUGGUUUAGAAGGGGCAAUACUUGGAGAAGAGGAACGAGCCAAAACAAGGAAGGCAGUUAUGAGAACUGAAACACUUUUGAGCUCCUCAGCUUCUGACAAGGCUGAGACAACCCAAAUGAAGUUUUUGGAGGAAAACCUAGAAGAACUUUCUAAGAAAGAUGAGAAAAGGAAGGAAGUUGAGACUGAAGUAGAAUCUAAUAAGGAAGAUGAUAAGAAAGAAACAUUACCUGAGGAAUUAGAUGUGGAAAGAAAGAGAAUGAAAGCUGAGAGGCCAAAAACACCUCUGGGGGAAACUGAAUCUGAGAGAGAAGAGGUGACAAGGGCAAAUGCAUGUCAGGAUGAAGACAUUUUAGAAGAAGAGCAAAAGUUUAAAGGGAAAGAGGGGGAAAUUGUGAAGGAAUUAAGAUCUGAGAAAGAGACACAAGGUCCCCAAAAUGAAAUGGAGUGUGAUGUUGAGAAUGAAACACCCGUGGAGGCUUCUGAAUUGACUGAAGACACUGCACGGCAAGAAGGUUCACUGAGAGAGGGGGAGGUGUCCAUGUUUGAAACAGCACCUGGAUUUGAAAAGUCACCGGAAAACAUAAUAGCUGUGAGGAAAGAGGGAGGAAGGGAAAGACCAAGAGAAUCUGGAGAUGCAGAGCCUAAAGGCAAAGCAGAGCAGCUCUGCGGAGAGAAUGGGAAGAAUAUGGCCUGGUCUGAGCAGGAAGAAGGACCUGGCCCUGUGGGUGAGGGUGUGUUAGGAGCUCCUGAAAGUGACUCUGCAGGACAAGCUCAGGCAGCUGAGGUGACAAUCACAGCCACAAGCAAGGCUCAAGAGUGUGCAGCCAAAGAUCAAGAUGACCUUGUAGGAAUGGAAACGAGGGAAAACGAAGGGCCUUUACAAGAGCGACAGGAAGUGGGGGCCUUGGCGAUCACCCAAGAAGAUAUUUCUGAGGGAGAGCCCAUGAUGGCAGAAACGCCAUGUGAAGAAGUGAUGGAUGAGCACCCAGAGGAAGAGGUGGAUAAAGAGUGCACUUUGAGGACAGCAGUGAUGAAGGCCAUGCACACAGAGGGAGAUGGGGGCUUGCAGGGAGGAGUGGUUGUGGCUGAUGAAGACCUCCAAGAAGGAGGAGCCGCAGAAAUGGCCAAGGAGAAGACAGAAGCGUUGGCAGAUUUGAAGACAGCCGAGGGAAAAACGGAAGCAAAUACAGCCUCCUCCUUUUCCGAUGUUACGGGUGAGGAAACUUGGCACAAAGUGGAUGAGUUACUAGGGAAAACAGCAGCUGCAGAAAAGGUGGUGGCAGAGGAAAUAGUACUGAGCAGGGAGGAGAUGCCAACCCUGGAGGAGGUGACAGUGACUGAAGCAUCAGAGACCAAGGGAAAAGCUCUAGGAGAAGCUUCAGACCUGGAAGGGAAGGCCCUGCAGCUAGGGGGAGAUCGAACAGAGGGGGAAGUGGGAGAAGAGGCAAGGAUGGGGAGCCAUGGUGGGGCGCAGGAGUCGGGCGAAGCUGAAGAUUUCAGAUUAGAAUUAUCCCAGGAGAGAGACUCAGAGCAGAGUAGAGAGAGUCUACCGGAUGUGGAAAUGCUCCCUGUAAAAGCCGAUUGCCCUGGAACCCUGGAGAAGCAAGAAGAGCAUACAGUGCAAAGAGAAAGUGAGAACACAGAUGUUUCCCUGAACAAGAAGAAGGCCUAAGAGACUUCAUGGCAGAUGGAUAUUUUAAAGAUGUCUUCUGGAAGACUUAAAGAGUGGAGAAAGAUUCACCCAAACAUCUUGCCGGGACUUUAAAUUUUAUCUUAAAAAAAAAUCACUCUGCUUGUCUGAACAGGUUCCCAAUCUGUCAGUGCUGGUUGGAAGCCCAGUAAACGCCUUGAGAACAUAGGGUCCAUGGUUCCUAAUGGAGAUCUCUAAGGCUGUUACCUAGUCAACAAAGCUAAGAUGUCUAUAUUCAAAUCAAAUUGUUAGUGUUCAAAUGCUUGACUUUUACCAAAGAUCA